CCAUGAACAACACUGAGAACAGAUCUAUUGAACUAUCUAUAAAGUCACUUGAACAACAAAUAAAAUCAGUCUCUUUACCUCGAAAUGCUUCUGUACUUGAACUCAAGAGUAGAAUACAAGUUGUAUUUCACGUUGAUAGUUUACGACAACGCCUUAUUUUUCAAGGCAAAGUUUUAAAAGACGAUAAGAACUUGUUAGACUAUGAAAACUUGGAUGAUGGUAAAGUAGUUCACCUGGUUGUUCGUCCUUUAAACGCACCUAUUCAUCCUGAAGAUGAUGAACCAAGAAUGACAACAAACAGAAGAAGACACGAUGGAUAUACGGUCAUUACUUUGUCUGAAACAAGAACACCAUUAUUGAAUAGGUUUACGCCUUCAGUACCUAUACAAAAUAGUCCUUUUUCACCACCUGAUAGAUCUGCUUUUUCUUCUCGACCUAGUAUUUUUCAAACACUGAAUUCUCAUCGAUUUGAUUCUAGAAGAACUAGAGCACAAGAGAAUCGAAAUAACAUACCAGCAUUUCCAAUUCCUUCUUCUUUGGAUAUGCGAUUAUCUCGAACAUUGGCUUAUAUAAGAGAGAUCAGAACAUUACUACAAACGCCUUUGGAUGAAACUGAAAUACAUCGACAUCAACAUAACCCAAGACCUACUUCAUUACCAGCCAUUCAAGAAUCAAGAGAAUUAUUAGCACAGCAACCCAAUCAGUCAGCACAAGUAGGAUUGAUUCUAAACGAAUUGGCUGCUUUGUUCAGUUUAUUAUCACCUUAUUUAAGAGAAGUGAGUCAGACAUUGACAAGGGAUGAAUCCACGGUAAGUAAAAAGAGGACCAAAUAAGUAGAACUCACGUUUAUUUAGAUUGAAUAUCGACACCAACAACAACAAUUAGCACAGAUAUUAAGAACAUCCAGAAUUAUUCAAAUCUUGAGUCUCAGUCAUCAUUUCUUGAGUUCCAUUUUAUCCAGCGUACAACAAGAAGGAAACCCUUCACUCACAGAAACAUGGACUCCGGGAUAUCGUACACAAGAAAAAAGAAAAAGAGAUCAUGAAGAGGCUCAUGGCAGUAGCAGUAGCAGUAAAAGACAAAGAUAAUAUAUAUAUAUAUAUAUA